AUGUGGCUUCUAGAUAUACCUCAAACACAUAAUGAUUGCGAAAAACUACUUUGUUUCCGGUAUUACGACGGCACGUCACUGGACUACAUAGCCCAAUCCGAUCCGUUGAUAAUCAAACAUCCCGUAGACAAAAUCAAAAAACUAAUCAAAAUCAAAAAGCAAAAAUGCAACGGUAUAGAAAACGACGCAUUUCAGGACGAGAGUGACCAAAUUCACUUGAAACCUUCAAAUUCUCUGGAAAAUUUAGAAAACUCCGAACAAAUUAUAUCCGGAGCGAAGAAAAAAUCGCCGAACGGUUUAACUAUGAGUACUUUGGGUGGUACCAAGAAGAAAGUUCGGUCGACGAAUAGUCCAAGAAGUCCUAGCAGGGAGUACUAUCAGAUUUGGGAUGCUUCGUCAUCUCCUUCACCAGAAUCAGAAGAAAAUGCCUGUGGUAUGGACUUUACCACAGAUGCUGCAGCUCCUCCUCUACCUCCAAGAACUUUGCACAAACCUUUGGAGAGAUGUCAUGCCUUAGGAACUCCUUUUACACCUCCCGUAGUUUUAAGACAAAAUAAACCUAGAAAAAUUCAAAAAUUGGAAGAUACUUUCAAUUUUGAACUAAUUGAUACCGAUGAAGAUUACAAAUCUUUUGGUACCACUUCGACCUCUUCAGCUUCAGACGUCGACAUAACCACAAACACCAAUAACAAAAUAAAGGCCGCUUUAAUAGAAAAUGGCAAAAAACUUAUUGGCUGUGAUAAUUAUAUAAGCACGGUCCUUAGCAAAAGCAAAGAUUUAGAAUCUAGUCCACAAAAUACUCAUUUAGGUAUAGAAAAAAAGGAUAGUCAGAGUUCAGUAUCAACUCAAAGUUCCUGUUCGGGUUCAGGUUCGGGCUCAUGCUCAACUGACAUGGUAGAUGGUGACACUAAUAUCGACCUGUCCAGCAAACCGCACAGACCAUUGACCAGGGUAACGCAAGAAUUAGAAUCGAGUCAAGAAGAACCGUGUCAUACGCCUUUGCACCGACCCAGAGCUGAGUGCAGGGAAUUCAUGAUGAGACCGCAAUCUAAGGCUUUACAAAGGGUGGCGAAUUCGACAACAGUUCCAUCAGAUGCUCCGGUUUGUCCUCCAACGCCGACGCACCAUUCGAGGAAACUUAGAACGUCGGAUCUACGGCCUCCUAACCUCAAAUCAAACGAACCGCCUGACGUUCGAGUUAACGGCGAUGUACCGGCUGGUGUUACUCCUCCGAGGGACAGGAGCGAGGAAGAGCCUGAUUUGGAGACUCUUAUGAUAAGGCUGAAACCGAUUGAUAGAGAUGGAGCAAGGCCAUGGAGACCAGAAACGAAUGGUGAGGCCAGCGGUGGUAUGCCAUUACCAUUACAAAGGCUUAGUACUACUAGAUUACCAUCCAUUCCAGAAAGAACUCAUAGGGCUUUGAUUUUAACUAACGUAGAAGGUAGAGAAGAGGACCCUUUGCCACCAUCUUGGGAAGCAAGAAUGGAUAGCCACGGGCGUGUGUUCUACAUAGAUCACGCUACUCGUACAACUUCCUGGACCAGACCUGGAGGAAGUACCAGCUCCGUUCCAACAGCUGGUGCCGACCAGCACAGAAGGCAACUCGAUAGGCGAUAUCAAAGUAUAAGAAGGACCAUCAGUUCGAACAGAUUGGAAGUCGUGGACGUAUCUUCUGCAUCUCCUGGCUGUAGAUUAUUGACGAGGCCGGAUUUUUUUACCGCUUUACACAUGAAUCAGGAGGCUUUAGCUUUGUAUAACAGAAACCCAACUUUGAGGCACAUGAUAGUAAAAAUCCGGAGGGAUCCAAACACUUUUGAAAAAUACCAGCACAACAAGGAGUUGGUCAGUCUAGUCAAUUUAUUUGCUGACGCAACUCAGGAAUUGCCCAACGGUUGGGACACCAGAAAAGAUAGAACUUCAAAGGCUCCAACGCCACCUCCUCGUCCAACCUCAUCCACCGCCAAUACUUUACCGCCGUGUAACAUCCCCGAAGUACCUGUGGCUUACAACGAUAAAGUGGUGGCUUUCCUCAGACAACCGAAUAUCUUUGAUAUCUUAAGGGAACGACAUCCUCCUGUGGGGAAUUCUUCUUCUCUCAGAGACAAGGUUAACGCCGUGAGGGUAGAUGGUACUAGCGCACUGGACCGAUUUAGCCAUGACGUUCAUUUAACGAUUUUGCUGAGCCUCUUCGAGCAGGAGAUAAUGUCGUAUGUCCCCGCCAUGACAGUAGACAAUAGAACAAAUUCAAGUGCCAGGAGUCCAAGAGGUUCGCCUCAACCUUCCCCCAUAGCUUCUCCCGGUUUGAGUAGGCACAGGGUGGCCGCCCCUCACAAGAGGGAUUUUGAGGCGAAACUUAGGAAUUUUUACAGAAAAUUGGAGAGCAAGGGGUACGGACAGGGGCCAGGAAAGUUCAAGCUACACAUACGAAGGGAUCAUCUUUUAGAAGACGCCUUCCGAAGAAUAAUGUCCGCCAACAAGAAGGAGCUCCAAAAAGGAAAACUGUGCGUGGUUUGGGACAAUGAAGAAGGCCUCGACUACGGUGGACCCUCCAGGGAGUUUUUCUUCCUUCUAUCUAGAGAGCUUUUUAAUCCAUAUUACGGUUUAUUCGAGUACUCUGCCAAUGACACUUAUACUGUACAGAUUUCGCCUAUGUCCGCUUUCGUUGAUAAUUACCACGAUUGGUUUAGAUUUAGUGGCCGAGUUUUGGGCCUAGCACUAGUCCACCAAUACCUCCUAGACGCUUUUUUCACUCGUCCGUUUUAUAAAGCCUUACUUCGACUGCCCGUAGCCUUAUCGGAUCUCGAAAGCCUAGACUUCGAGUUCCACCAAAGCCUUCAAUGGAUAAAGGAACACGACGUGUCGCUCCAGGGUGAGCUGGAACUAACUUUCGCCGUGACCGAAGAGGUUUUCGGCCAGGUGUUGGAGAGAGAGUUGAAACCAGGCGGUAGGAAUGUACCUGUGACGGAGAAAAAUAAAAAAGAAUACCUAGAAAGGAUAGUACGGUGGCGUUUAGAACGCGGGGUGUCUGAACAAACAGAAUCCCUAGUGAGAGGCUUCUAUGAAGUCGUAGAUCCGAGACUAGUCAGCGUCUUCGACGCCAGAGAACUCGAAUUAGUGAUAGCCGGUACGGCAGAGAUCGACCUUAUCGACUGGAGGCACAACACUGAGUACCGAGGAGGAUACCACGACCAGCAUCCUGUGGUUAUGUGGUUUUGGCAGGCCAUCGAAAGGUUUACCAAUGAACAAAGACUCCGCCUCCUCCAGUUUGUAACCGGAACUUCGAGCAUCCCGUUUGAAGGUUUCUCCGCCCUGCGAGGUUCGAUAGGGCCCCGAAAAUUCUGCAUCGAGAAAUGGGGCAAGCCAAACAGUCUUCCAAGAGCGCACACCUGCUUCAACAGAUUAGAUCUGCCUCCGUACCCGACUUCGGAAGUGUUGUACGAAAAGUUGCUUCUCGCCGUCGAAGAGACGAACACUUUCGGCAUCGAGUGA